AUGAUAAUGGAAGAGGAGGAACUGUUGGGGUUGUUUGAAGUGAUGGAUGCUCUUCUAGAAGAUCCUGAUUGGGCACAAGCACAUCCACAGCCAUGUACAGAUACUCCAUGGCCAGGUGUUGAGUGUGAAGUUAGCAGUAGUAACCAACCAAUCUUUCAUGUCACUAAGAUCCACAUUGGUCCUGAUAUAAUCUCUCCACCUUGCAAGCCCAAAGCUUAUCUAUCAGAGUCCUUGCUAAAGCUCAAGUAUCUGAAAACCCUUUCUAUUUUUAACUGUUUUGUUGCUUCACCUGUUACUCUACCCAAAACACUCUUUGGUCCUUUCUCUUCUUUAGAACACCUGGCUUUGCAGUCUAAUCAAGCUCUCUCUGGAGAAAUUCCUACUAGUUUGGGAGAUGUUGUUAGUCUUAGGGUCCUAAGCCUGUCCCAAAACAGCUUAAAGGGAAACAUCCCAAGCCAUAUUGGUGGUUUAGUUGGUCUAGAGCAACUUGACCUUAGUUAUAACAACUUGAGUGGUCAAAUCCCCAAGGAAAUUGGAGGUUUGAAAAGCAUGACCAUUUUGGACCUCAGUUGCAAUGUAAUUGAAGGGAUUCUGCCUCAUUCCCUUGGACAACUCCAACUUCUCCAGAAGAUGGAUUUGCAUUUCAACAGGCUUAGUGGAAACAUUCCUCCUGAUUUAGGAAAUCUCAAGAGGUUAGUCUUGCUUGAUCUGAGUCAUAAUUUUAUUGGUGGGCCUAUUCAUGAAACACUAUCAAGUUUGGAGCUUUUAGAAUAUUUACUCAUUGAUGACAACCCCAUUAAAGGAGGGAUACCACAGUUCAUAGGGAAGCUUAGAAAGCUCAAAUCAGUGAGCCUAUCAGGGUGUGGAUUAACAGGCCAUAUACCUUACACUUUCUCUUACUUGAAGAACCUUACAGCUCUCUCCUUAGGUAACAAUACCCUCACUGGACCAGUUCCUCCAAAUUUGGGUUCACUCCCUAACCUAGAUCAGCUGAAUAUUAGCCACAACAGGCUGAGUGGGGUGCUACAGCUCCCUGAUGAGUUCAUUCGAAAGUUAGGUAAAAGGUUGGAUGUAAGAGGAAACAGUGAGCUUUGCAUCGUUGAUCAGCCAAACAAGAAGAACCUCUCUUCAUACUUGGAAAUCCCCUCUUGUUUGAACAUGAGACAGAAGAAUGAUGAUUCUUUUGCUGGUGGACCACUUGAAGACCUUUCAGGAAUAAAGCCUUCUUGGUAUGCUAGCCACCCAAGUUCUUGUUCAUCUUGUCUGAAUGAUCUACAAGUCAUCCUAUUUACUUUGGUUUUAAUUUUAAACUUGGUUAUGUGA